CAAAUUUUAGCAGGAAACCAUCGUCAACAGACAACCAUGCAAUAUGAUAAGGUUUUCUUUUUUAUCAAAUUCAAUACGAUAAGAUAAGGUUAUAUUCUUAACACUUGCAGCCCAUUCUUGCUUAAAAAAAAAGAAACACUUAAAACCCAUUCAAAAAAAUUAUUUAACACUUGCAGCACAUCUUGUUGCACUUUGCAAACUAUUCUCCUUCGGUCUAUGAAAUGGCUAUGCUCCAAUGGCUCAAGGAUUUCAUGCUAUUUGUAUUCAUUUUCAUGGCUCUAUUAAUAAAACUUAUCUUUAUAGAAAAGUCAAACAAGAAAAUAUCUAAUUUACCACCAGGUCCUCCUACUAUACCCUUCAUUGGAAAUCUCCACCAGCUUGGCACCAUGCCCCAUAUAUCUUUACAAAGCCUUACAAACAAGUAUGGACCCUUAAUUUUCUUACAACUUGGACAAAUUCCAACAGUGGUGGUUUCAUCAGCUAGACUAGCAAAGGAAGUGUUGAAAACACAUGAUCUUGCGCUUGCAAGCCGACCACAACUGUUUUCAGCUAAAUACCUCUUCUACAACUGCACAGACAUUGUUUUUGCUCCUUAUGAUGCUUACUGGAGACAUGUGAGAAAAAUUUGCAUACUUGAGCUUUUAAGUGCCAAAAGGGUAAACUCAUACAGUGUUGUUAGAGAAGAAGAAGUUGCCCGUCUAAUUCAAAGGGUUGAAGGGUCUUAUCCAGAAACUACCAAUUUGUCCAAGAUAUUGGGAUUGUAUGCAAAUAAUGUUGUUUGUCGAAUAGCGUUUGGAAGGGACUUCACGGAAGGAGGAGAGAGUAAAAAAUAUGGGUUCCAAAAGAUGCUUGAUGAGUACCAGGAACUCCUUGGAGGGUUCAGUGUUGGUGACUUCUUUCCUUCUUUGGAGUUCAUACACAGCUUGACAGGUAUGAAAGCAAGACUCCAAGACACUUCAAGAAAAUUUGAUCAACUCAUUGAUCAGAUAGUCAAUGAACACAAGGCUUGCAAUAAGAUAAAGGAGCAUAAGGACCUUGUAGAUAUUUUACUUGAGGUGCAGACGAAUGAUUCGGGUGAAUUGCCUCUAACCAUCGAUAAUAUCAAGGCAAUAAUCCUGGUGAUGUUUGCUGCUGGAACUGAUACAACAUUCAUUACACUUGAUUGGGCAAUGACAGAGCUGGUAAUGAAUCCCCGUGUUAUGGAAAAAGCACAAAAGGAAGUGCGGAGCAUCCUGGGAGAAAGAAGAGUUGUUGCCGAGAGUGAUCUGGAUAAACUGCAGUACAUGAGGGCUGUCAUUAAAGAGAUAUUUCGCUUGCAUCCUGCAGUACCGGUAUUAGUGCCAAGAGAAUCCAUGGAAGAUAUUACCUUAGAAGGGUACAUAAUUCCAGCUAGAACAAGAUUUUUUGUCAAUGCUUGGGCAAUUGGUAGGAGUCCAGAAAGGUGGGAAGAUCCCACUGCAUUUAAACCAGAGAGAUUUUUAGAGAGUAAUAUUGAUUAUAAGGGACAGGAUUUUCAGCUAAUACCUUUUGGGGCAGGUAGAAGAGGUUGUCCGGCUAUUACAUUUGCCAUUGCAGUUGUUGAGCUUGCUCUAGCUCAACUCCUUUAUAGCUUUGAUUGGGAGCUUCCUCCUUGUGUUUCAGCAGAAGACUUGGAUCUCAGUGAAGUUUUUGGAAUCUCAAUGCACAGAAGAGAAAAUCUUCUGGUUGUUGCGAAGCCGUAUACUUUCUAUGAAGACUCGUGAUAUAGCAGAAAGUGCAUGUGAGUUAUGGAUUUGCUUUUUAUUGAUAUGUAUAUGUGUAACUCAUAUAAACUUUUAAUUUUCUCAUCAAAGAUGAAAGCAAUAUAUUUUACAGUUUGGAUGAA